CGAAUAUGACAAUGGUUUUUGCUGCUAGGCCUUCGGAGAUCUGGUUUUGUAGAAAACCAGGUCUUCGAAGGUCUAGCCGCAAAAACCAUUGUCAUAUUCGGAAUCAGCAUAGUCGAUAACCUAUUCUCCCCUAGAUUUCAACAAAAAAGCGAGCGGACACUUGGGGCAGUUCCCUCGUAAGUACCGAGUGUGGUUACGUCUGGUAUGCACUCUUAAAGGAAAUUCACGUCGCUACCAUAAGCCAUUCUGCAGAUUUGUGAAAAGGCAUUUUGCGAAACGUGAUCCUUUCCUUACAUCUGACAUGAAGGCUUUGUUUACGAUCAGUUACAGAAAAUGAGACUUGUGUCGAGUUUAGUCUUUGACUACAACUGAGUUCAGCUUUAGCGUAUUUUAGGUGCAUGGAUUUUGACAGCGGGCCUAAAUAACGGUGUGUCAAAAUUGGUUGGGGAAGGUAUUUCUCGUUAUCGUCUACUGGCAAAACAUCCUAAACGAGUCACGGCUAUUGGCUUAACAAUGUGGGGAAGUUUGACGGAUGAUACAAGAGAGCUGUUGAACGAACACUCGAAGUCGCCAAGUAAUUCUAAAGUACUAACUUUGGGAGAUAGUGAAACGUUGGAAUGGAACCACACACAUUUUCUUUUACUCGAUGAUGGUCAGCUACGUGGUUAUUUGAGUGAUUUACAGCGAUCAUCAUUCGUGCAAGCUGCUGUGGAUGAUAGAAGUUAUCCGGUAACAAUUAUUGUCGAAGGUGGUAAACACACGCUAGAAGUAAUAGUUAGUGAUCUCGGUGCAUACCGACCAGUGGUCAUCAUUCAGAUUAUGUUGAAAGAAAAUCGACGUUUUUUAAAUGUGUUCCGAUUAGAUCGAGAUACGAAUUUUGCCGAUUCCGUCUCUAAAGCUAUAUUUUCUGCGUAUACUGGAAAUACGAAUGCUAAUUUGAAUGAGUCCCGAAGCCGAUCAGUCAAAUGGGACUGUCUUGAUGCAGCAAAAGAAUUAUUUGAGCGAAAACGAAACAGAGACGAAGAGAGCAAAAUUAAAAAAAAUACCCCGAAGUCGCCAUCGUCACAAAUCGUGCAAUCUGCCAGAGUUCCACCGCUUUCAGGAGUAUCAGAAAGUGUCGAUGAUGAUAAUUCAAGUUUAUUCACAACCGCUCUCAAAGAAAAAAAGUCAGCAUUUGUCGAUUAUUUUUUACGUACGGGUGUUAAUCCGUGUAGUUGUUGUGUUCAGAACGGCAUUUUACAAUGGUACGAACAUUCCUUCUCGGAACCUGAUGAGACCGAUUAUAUUACUCUAAGAACGACCUUCGAUAGAAAGAGCGCACCAACAUCAUUUCAACAAUUAAAUAAAGUUUAUGCUCAAUGGAUAGGUUCAUUUAUGGAUGAUCUUUAUGUUAUUCCCGAUAAAAAAGGAUUCAGAAACGUUCGCCGAUUUGGACAUGACAUAUCUGAUUAUUGUACGAGUCUUCUGAGACACUUGUGCAGUUGUUGUCCAUUUAUCAAACCAUAUCAUAAACUAACCGACAAAUCGAAUGAUGUAGAACUAAGACUAACUAAGAAUCAGAUGCAAGCGUCCGGUGAAACAAACGAAUGGACAGAACAGUAUAAAAAUCGCUACACCAAAGAUGAAAUGAUUCGAGAUUUAUUUCUCUGGAGUCUAUUUACGACUGAAAUUGACAUGGCCAAAGUAUUUCUAAAACAUCUGAAACCAAGAAUAUGUGCAGCACUCAUCGCUACACGCAUCUAUAAACAUUUUUCAAAACAAGCACCGAAUGCUUUUGCACAACAAAAACUCAAGGAACAAGCUGAGGAGUUUGAAGAAUUUGCUACCGAAUGUGUCGAAACAUGUUACGCACACGACGAGAAGAUGACGUGUGAAUUGUUAAUUCGUGAAGUGCCUCUAUUUGGAAAUGUUACUUGUAUGCAGGUUGCAGUAGCAGGUGAAUGUGCCAAGUUUUUUGCAACACCAUGUGUUGACGAAUUAUUGAAUCAAAUUUGGUACGAUAAAUUGACAUUGACAAAUAUCAGAAGUUUAACCCAACCCUUGAUUUUGGUUAACCUAUUGACGCUUGGUUUACUUGCGUCUUGUUGGAUGCCAUAUCGAAACAUAGACAUACAAAAGCAUGACCAGACAACGAUUCUACAGCCUCAAAUAACGGAUAAAGAAGCUGUUCCAGAUAAAAACAAUUACAUGAUGUUAUAUAAAUUUGAUGCUCCGAGUGAGACCGAAGGACGGAUGCAUUGGACUGAAAUAUACGUUAUCAUUACAAUAUCAGCAUUACUAUGUGAAGAACUACGACAGCUCCACGAUUUAUCAGCAUUUAUUUACAUCAUAUUUAUAUUUAUUGCUGCUUAUGGCGUGGUAUCACGAUCCAUGAUCAGUUAUGGAAAUGUAGAUUUCAGCGGUCGGGGCAUUUUUAGUAAUAUUCUUUAUCCGCCCUACUGGUUCCUUUAUGGGAAUACUGGAGACGAACUUUCAACACUUGACAAUAUGAUCAAUGGCGAUAAUAGUACAUCGACCGGUGUUGCAGAAGCUACAGCCACUCAUGUUCUCCUUGCAAUCCACACACUAUUCAUUCAAAUUUUGCUUCUAAAUUUACUCAUUGCUGUAUUCAAUAGUACAAUUGUCAAAGUUGAAGAAAAUACCGAAUUUUUUUGGCGUUACCAAAGAUAUUCAUUUGUGAGAAAAUAUUUCGAACGGCCAUUGUUCGCCUAUCCUCCACUGAAUAUUAUAUCAUAUUUCUUUUGGGCUCUAAAUAACGGUAUUAAACGAAUUCGUCGUUUAGAAUGUUGGGAAAAUCGAGUGGAUGAUGCGAAUAUUAAACGUAAACAUUUGACGCAAAUGAUUGCAAAUGACCCGGAAAAAUCUGAUGCAUGGAAUGAAUUUGAGAAUGCUGCAACAUAUUAUUACGUACAAAGUGCAGUAGAAAAGAAAAAAAUACAAGCAGAAGAGAGUGCAUUUAGUGAUCCGAUACAAAAAACAGAAGUCUCUCGUGAUAUGGAAGCAAGCAUUAGAAAUUUGAAAAUGGACGUACUCAGUACUCGAAUGGAUGUUCGACGCCUCACAUAUGACUGGCAUAGAUUCAAUGAACUAUUAAUUCUGAGUUUACAAGAGAUAAUGCAGACAGAUUCACCUCGAAAAGUACAGAAAAUGAAAUUAGAACGCAGUGCUGGUAUUUUAUUGCAUGUGACAUCAUUACCAAGUAAAUAUGGUAUUGGUGACUUUGGUCCAGAAGCGUUUCGGUUUGUUGAUUUCCUUCAUGAAACCAGACAACUUCUGUGGCAAAUAUUACCAUUAACAAAUACGGAGUAUCCAUCACCUUAUUCAGGUAUGUCUGCGUUUGCAGGUAAUCCAUUAUUAAUUUCGCCUGAAAAGCUCUUCGAUGAUGGUUUACUAAAUGAGGAAGAUUUGAACAGCGUGAUAAUUGACAUGCAAGAAACUGAAAACGAUCAUGUCGACUUUAACCGUGUUAAAAAAUUAAAAUAUCAACUUUUGACGAAAGCGUAUGAAACAUUUAAAAGGGAUCAACGACAACAAUCACAACUUGAAAGUUUUAUAAAUUCAGAAAAAUAUUGGCUCGAUGAUUAUUCAUUGUAUGUAGCAUUAAGGAAAGUGCAUAAGAAUGUAACAUGGUCAAAAUGGGAUCAAAAUUUAAGAGAACAUGAUAAAAAUGCAUUAGAUACGUUUAAAACUGCAAAUAUUGAUACAAUUAAUAGUCUGAUAUUUCAACAGUACUUCUUUUACAAACAAUGGAAUGAACUAAAAAUGUAUGCAAAUAAACUAGAAAUAAAAAUUAUCGGAGAUAUACCGAUAUAUGUUAGCUAUGAUAGUGUCGACGUUUGGGCAAAUCCAUCAGUAUUUCAAUUAGAUAAGGAGACAAGACUGCCGACAGCUGUUUCUGGUGCCCCGGCUGACUUAUUCUCACCGGAUGGCCAAUGCUGGAAUACCCCGCUGUAUGAUUGGGAUGGUCAACUAAAACACACGAAUUAUGAUUGGUGGAUUAAACGACUGAAGAAAGCAUUAGAAUUACUAGAUAUUGUUCGAAUUGAUCAUUUUCGUGGUUUUGAAGCCUACUGGUCUAUCCCCGUUGAUUCUAAAACUGGAGAUCCAAGUCCGCCAGGACAGGGUGAGUGGAUUAAAGCACAUGGUAAUGAAUUAUUCAAAGCUGCUGAGAAAGCACUGGGACCACAUUUACCGAUAAUAGCUGAAGAUCUUGGGUAUUUAACUCAAGAAGUAUUCGAUAUGCGUGAUAAAUUUCAUUUUAUGGGUAUGAGAGUGCUUCAUUGUGCAUUUGUUAAUGAAGUAAAAAGUAAAAUAUAUUUACCUCAUAAUUAUAUUAAAAACUGUUGUGCUUAUACGGGAACACAUGAUACUGAUACUACUAAAGGAUGGUUUCAAAAUGCAUCAAAGGAAGAAAAAGAAAAAAUUAUCAGUUAUUUACAGCGCGAUCCCACUCAUACUAAAGAAAACAUCAAUUGGUAUUCUAUACAACUCAUAUUAUCGUCUGUUGCUGCCAUAGCUAUUAUACCUUUCCAAGACAUUCUUGGUCUAGAUAGUAAAUCAAGAAUGAAUGAUCCAGCUAACGGUAAAGAUGAAACAAACUGGACAUGGCGUUUUUACUGGGAUAUGUUAACCGAACAAAUGAAACAAAGAUUAGCAUUACUAACAAUUACUUACGGAAGAUAA